UCACAGGUGCAAGACAAAAUAAUAAUCUUCGUUUUCUACCCUUCAGUUUUUUCCUUUCUUCUUCUCAUCUCUGUUCGUUCGUGUCUCUACUUUUCAGUUCAGACUCAAGGAGCUCAAAGACCUCAACUUUCGAUUUCAAUCUGCAAAAUCUCACUGAUUUUCAGGUGAUUUGCAAAGAUGAGUGUUAUGUAUAGUCCUGUUUUCAAGUACUCAGAUGUUGAGCUUCAGCUAAGGAAAAACCAAGAAAUGGAUUCAAGUAUUGGAAAUCCACAACAACACUGUCACCAACCCAAUUCUGGACUACUGAGGUACUGUUCUGCUCCAAGCUCAUUGCUCGCAAGCCUUGUUGACAACAACAUUCUUGACUGUGUCAACGAGGAAUCUUUCACGAGUGAGAUUCAUCAGCAUUAUGUUCCAUCCACGAGUUCAGAAAUGGACACCAUGUUGUCGAAAUCGCUGCCAUCCAACGAUGGAUGGAACAAUUCAGAAGCUUUGCAAGAAUUUGGAAGCAAGCCUGUGAAGCAGGAAAUAGGGGAAUCUGUUCCACAAGGACCACCACCACAACAGAAUGAAUAUUCUUAUGGUGGCUCUCAUUUAAUUUACCAAUCACAGCAAAUUCAAGGCUUGCCAAAUGAAAUGGGUGCCAGGAAUUGCUCCAAUCUCUUCAGGCAAAAGAGCUCCCCUGCUGGAUUUUUUUCCAUCGAAAAUGAUCUUGCAGCAUUGAGAGAAGUAGAUGUCUUUAAAGCCAAUGAUGUUUCAAAUAGACAGGCUACUACAUCAACCAGUGGCUUUAGUAGUUCUCUUGCUUUCUCAUCCAGGCCAUCUUCAUGCCUGAAACAGAUGCCACAAAUUGCUGAAAAUGAAAAUGAAAGCCUUCAAGAAAAUUGUGACCAAAGUAGGAUCCUAGUUAAUGAAGAUGGUAACUCAAAGUUCUACAUACCUAGCUUCACCACUGAAAUCUGGGAAAGUUCUUCAUUCAAUGCCCCCAAAACAGAAAGUGAUGAUGAAAUCAUGUUUUCCACCUCAAAUGCUUUGGAAUCUCAGGAAUCAGAUUUUGGCUAUCAAAAUCUUGGUCUGACCCACCAUUUGAGCCUACCUAGCUCUUCUACUAAGAGGUCAUCCAUAGAGAAGUUUCUUGAAGUUCAAGGUUCAAUUCCUUGUAAAAUUCGAGCCAAAAGAGGCUUUGCCACUCACCCAAGAAGCAUUGCAGAGAGGGUAAGAAGAACAAGAAUCAGUGAAAGAAUCAAGAAAUUGCAAGACCUUUUCCCAAAAUCAGAAAAGCAAACAAGCACAGCAGAUAUGUUGGAUUUAGCAGUUGAGUACAUUAAGGACCUUCGGCAACAAGUUAAGGUACUCUCAGAUUGUAAAGCAAAGUGCAAAUGUACUAGUAAUGAGAACCAUUGCACUAGAACUUGUGCCUGAUAUAUUUACACUUAGAUAGCAAAGUUGUGGAGAAUUUUUUAGUGUGCCAAAGUUAGCCAUUGUAAUUAUAUAAAAUAAUGCUGACAUUUGCCUGGUGUAAGUUUAGAUCCAGGUGAAUAUUUUUCACUUUUGAUUUUCAUUUCUUUCCCCCCUUAAUUUCCUCUCCCUUAUAGUUUGAUAUAGAGCCAUAAAGUCCUACAGCAUGUUUGGCAGAAAUCUUGCACCUCUUCAUUUUUACCUACAGAAUGUUUUAUUGGAUUACUGAUCUGAGUUACUUAAUGUAACACAAACUUCAGUAUAAUGUUUAAUACUGAAUUUUAUGUGGA